UAGCUUUGGUUGGUUCUAACGGCAUCGCGCUACGUCACAUUCACUAGCAAAAAAGGCAAGGUAACCUCUACACCCAGUGUCAUGGAAAGAGAGGGGAUCACUAUUUCCCACUGGAUAUCAAGCCCUGUGCGCUACCAGGAGCACUUUAAAACAAGGAAUCUCAAUGAAUGCACUGAAGAUCACCGACUAUUUGCCCUGCCGGGACCUGAAUGUCUACCGGUUAAAAUGGACACUGAGGGGAGUCAAGCAGACAGUGGGGACGAGGACUCAGGAGAGCCAGUGUUUCAAAUCCUGCUGGACGUGACUCAAUUUAAACCAGAAGACCUCCUCAUACAAGUCUUUGAGGGGUGGCUGUUAAUCAGAGGUCGGCAUGGGGUGAGGAUGGACGAGCAUGGGUUUGUGUCGAGGAGUUUCACUAGACAGUAUCAGCUGCCUGACUGUCAACUCCAGGCGGGGGACCUCAAAGCCAUGCUGUGUCAUGAUGGGAUACUAGUGGUGGAAACCAAGGACCAAUGGUGGCCAGCGUGUGAUAAGGAAAAUGCAAUGACUUAACAACAUUCAUCAUGACAUGAUUAAACAUGGGCUGUGUUAGUA